AUGGUGCGGCAGAGCUUGGAGGUGGAAUUGGAGUCGGGGAUUGGUGGGGGCAGCAUGCCUGCGGCGGACUGGUGGGAUUUCACCCAAAUUCACUGCCCCAAGUUGUAUGGGACAGAGUUCUUGUCGCUGGACAAGAACGGUGAUGGAAGAUUGUCGUUUGAGGAGUUCGAGCAGGCUGAAGCGAUCCGGGACCGCUGCAGUAUCAAGGCAGAUGAAGCCACACCGAUGCACUUGCUACAUUUGAACUGGAGCAAGGCCUUCGGAGGCUUGCAUUUGGACAUGGCGAGCCGACGUGCCGAACCCCAGGAGCGUUACAUGAGAGAACUGGCUCGGAAGUUCAACCUCCCAUUGGAUCAGGCCAGGCUGCCUGGGAGGAUUCUUCGUUUGAAGAAGAGAUUGAGGCAGAGCAGCAUCGGAGCCGGAGGAGACCCGGAACGAGGAUGCAGCAGUCAGCAUUGGAUGGCAGUGGGCCGCAGACUGCUCAAGGUGCUCAACAGCAAAAAGCUAUCGUGUUGGGAAGACUUGAUUGUCAAAGUCCCAGCAAAGUCUCGCAAAGACAUCUUGCAGCAGAGUGGCGUUGCCACAUCUUUGCUUGUCCGUGACUUUCAAGAAAAGAACGCGCAGACCAGCGGCGCUACGGUCUUGCCACGUUUUUGGCCAGUCACCAUCGAUGAACUUCGACAGAUGGCUUUGCCACUGCUAUGGAUUUGCCUGGCUUUGAAUGGCUUCAUCGAAGAAGCGGAGUUUCGGAAUUGUGUGGCAGUUCUGUGGAAUUGCGACAUGUUCAGACCUCGGACCACGGGCCGGGAGGAUAUCCCAGCCACUCGGUUUCGACAAUUUUGGCUCGAGGCGGACAAGGCCCGUUUGGGGAAGCUGUCCUUCGAGGCGACGAGGCGAGCGCCGUCGCGUCUGGUCGCGUUUGAGGCUGCGAAGCAGGCCGACCGAAACUGGGAAAUGAGUGAGUAUGGAGAUUUCGUUUGCUUGCAGCCGGUGACGAAUUUGAUCGGCACCUGUCGCGAGCUUCGGGAGAACGACUCCUGCUUCUGGAGACGAAAGGUGGACUUCCUGCUGAAAGCGGCCGGCAAUUUCCAAUUAUCGUUGAAAUGCGACCAGGAUACCUGUGUGCUAUUGCUCACAGUGAUUCGAUUGUUGAAGAAUGCGUUGAAUUGUGACUGGCUGGCGCUGCAUGAUUUGCACGUCGUCUUGUCCAGCACUGGCCUUGUAAGACCCUGGAAUAUGGUCCUGGUGAUGUAUUCCCUCUUGUCAUCACAGAGCUCUUUGGUGAUGUCUCAACAAGCCUUGCACUGGCUUUGGGACAUCGUCACGGGCUUUUCCAAGCCUUGGCUAUGCCCCAAAGAACCCUUGGAAGCCAAGUCAUUAGAGCCGUUGCGGCAAUGGCUCCAGAAGUUUGUCUCCAAGGAGAUCCACACCUGGCACGACCUGACGGAGGAGCGGAUCUACGAGGCAAGUGGUUCCUCCGCUGCGCUCCGCCAACGCAAAGAGCGCGUGGUGAAACUGGCACUUUGGCUGAUUCUUGUGCAUGAAUUCGGUGCGCGAGAAGAAGUGCAGCCUUCGCGCAUCGCCGCCAUCGUCAAGACAGCCUCUUCAGCGGGCCGCAAGCUCAAGCAGCUUUGGGCGGUGCCAUUGCUCUUCUUGGCCGAGCCUCUUCGCAGAGGAACCUUGGAGCUGAAGGGUCCAGGCUGGGAUGGCUUGGCGGUGGUGAAGUCCGUCAUCCAGGAUGAUGAGUCCACCACGGGCGGAGGCGCUUGCUCCAUCAGUUUCCCAGCUUGGACGAUGGAUGCUGCUUGGGUCCAUUCACAGCGGGGGCUUCUCCGCGACGGAGCGAGCCGAUGGGUGCAACUGGAUGCCAGGUUCGACGCAGCCUCCGGGACCUAUUGGGGCCAAUGGGUGCGCCAGCCCAGUGAGAGGACGGUGGACCUCGCAGCUCGGAGGACCUCCAGAACCCCUUCGAAUCCGGACGCUGAAGAAUUCUUGGACCAGCCUUUGGAUGUGCUGGUCUUUUCGAUGAGCCGAUGCGAUGCCCAUUUCAAGUCGCUGGUGUGUGGGAGGAAGAGCCAAGAGGUCUUCUCGGAGCUCUUCGGCCUGGCGGGAGGCAUGCAAGGGGAGAAGAUGCUGCUGAGGUGCUUCUACCUCACCAAGCCACGAGAAGCUUCAGAUCUUUUCAUGUGA